GCUUUGUAUCUAAUCCCGGAGUGUAACAAUUGAUGAAGAUGCUGAAGUGCCAGAAGCUCAAGCACCGUGGUCGCAAGGGACGAAAAGAGAAAUCCAAGUUUCGCGAAACUUACACGCAAAGAAACCUCCGGAUCCUUCGAAAGAUUGUACCAGGCUGUGAAGAGAUCGAGGACGAGGAAGCCUUGUUUCGCAAGUCAAUCGAACAUGUCAUGCUUCUCAAGUCUCAGGUUACUUUACUUAGAAAGAUAGCUGAUGUAUGUGGGGUCUAAAAGAACGUAAGUUCUCAAGUUGUUAUGCAUUACAUUAUUAGAUCAAACGAGAGAGAUACGUAAGAAACAGAUGAGGAGAUCAUAAAUAAAAAUAUGGCAAGAAAAGUAAAAAUUACAUAAUGAAAAGGAUGAACAAGAACAGAUGAAAUUUUCAGUUUUUGUUGUAGAAAGUGAGAUCGUAAUUUGUACGUAAAGAGGAAGAAGAGAGAGUGAGCAUGUGUUGGAUCGUUGUGACCCAUGUCUUGUAACGACUGUAAUCAUCCGCCAUGUCUAGUUUGAUA